CAUCUGCCACCUCCAUCUUCAUCUCUCUUUCUUUGAUCCUUCUUUCUUUCUUACUUUGUUCUAACCUCUUUGCAAUUAAUGGCUAUUUCAUCCUUUUCCAAAUUGGCACUCUUUUUCUCAUUUUCCUUUUCACUUCUGACCUCGUUGGCUUUUGCUCAUGAUUUCUCCAUUGUUGGUUAUUCACCAAAUGACUUAAAAUCCAUAGAUGGACUCAUUGAUUUAUUUGAAUCAUGGAUGGCCAAACACAGCAAAACUUACGAAAGUAUUGAAGAGAAGUUGCAUAGGUUUGAGGUGUUCAAGGAUAAUUUGAAGCACAUCGACGAGAGGAACAAGAAGAUCAUCAACUACUGGCUCGGACUGAACGAGUUUGCAGAUUUGAGCCAUGAAGAGUUUAGAACCAUGUAUCUUGGCCUCCAUGUUGAUUUGCCUAAAAGAAAGGGGUCCCGUGAAGAAUUCAGUUAUAGAGACAUUGUAGAUUUGCCCAAGUCUGUCGAUUGGAGGAAAAAAGGGGCCGUCACACCCAUCAAGAACCAAGGUUCAUGUGGGAGUUGCUGGGCAUUUUCAACUGUGGCUGCCGUUGAGGGAAUAAACCAAAUUGUCACUGGUAACUUAACAUCUCUUUCUGAGCAAGAGCUGAUUGACUGCGACACAUCCUUCAACCAUGGCUGUAAUGGGGGUCUUAUGGAUUAUGCUUUUGAAUAUAUUAUGGCCAAUGAGGGGCUUCACAAGGAGGAUGAUUACCCUUACAUCAUGGAGGAAGGAACUUGUGGUGAGAGGAAGGAAGCAUCAGAGGUAGUGACCAUUAGCGGUUACCAUGAUGUGCCAGAGAACAAUGAACAAAGCCUCCUGAAAGCACUUGCAAACCAGCCUCUCAGUGUUGCUAUUGAAGCUUCUGGUAGAGAUUUCCAGUUUUACAGUGGGGGUGUGUUCGACGGGCACUGUGGAACAGAGCUGGAUCAUGGAGUUGCGGCUGUUGGAUAUGGAUCAAACAAGGGGUUGGACUACAUAAUUGUGAAGAACUCAUGGGGCCCAAAAUGGGGGGAGAAAGGAUUCAUAAGGAUGAAGAGAAGCACUGGGAAACCUGAAGGCCUCUGUGGUAUCAACAAGAUGGCUUCUUAUCCUACUAAACAGAAGUGAUCAAUCCAUGUCGCUUGUUUUAAAUAUUGACAUUUGCAUUCUUCCCUCUUUGGAAUUUGGGUUGUGAACUUGUGAUUCGCAGACAUUGUCAACUUGUUAAUAAAUACACUAGUGUGGAGGUGAUUAUCUUCUAA